AAAGUACAGUUGUAGUUCAGGAAGCAGGCGAGUAGCUACUACUAUAAAUAAGAACCAGUAACAACUUUACAAAAGCACUUCUCGGACAGAAUAAAACAUCUAAGUAGUCAGCCAUGGCAAGCAACUCCCAAGCUCCUGCCGCUGCAAGGAAGUAUGAAAAGCUGGAGGGCAAGGUGGCCGUGAUCACUGGCGGCGCGAGCGGCAUCGGCGCGUGCACGGCGCGGCUGUUCGUGAAGCACGGAGCCAGCGUCGUCAUCGCCGACAUCCAGGACGAGCUCGGAGCUAGCCUCUGCGCCGAGCUCGGUCCGGGGGCCUCCAGCUACGUGCACUGCGACGUCACAAACGAGGACGAUGUCGCGGGCGCCGUCGACCACGCCGUUGCCAAGUUUGGGAAGCUCGACAUCAUGUUCAACAACGCGGGCAUCGGCGGUGCGCCGUGCUUCAGCAUCCGGGAGAGCACCAAGGAGGACUUCGAGCGCGUGCUGGCCGUGAACCUGGUGGGCCCGUUCCUGGGCACCAAGCACGCGGCGCGGGUGAUGGUGCCCGCCCGCCGGGGCUGCAUCAUCUCGACGUCGAGCCUGGCGUCGGCGGUGGGCGGCGCGGCACCGCACGCGUACGCGUCCUCCAAGCGCGGCCUGGUGGGGUUCACGGAGAACGCGGCGGGGGAGCUGGGCCGGCACGGGAUCCGCGUCAACUGCGUCGCCCCCGCGGGGGUUGCCACGCCACUGGCUAGGGCUGCCACGGGGAUGGACCUGGCCGACGAGUCGUUGGAGGCGAUCAUGGAGGCCGCGGCGAACCUAAAGGGCGUAGGCCUGAAGGUGGACGACAUCGCCGCCGCGGUGCUAUUCCUUGCCAGCGACGAUGCGCGGUACGUGAGCGGCCAAAACCUGCUCGUCGACGGCGGCGUCUCCGUCGUCAACUCGACCUUUGGUUUCUUCAGGGACUGAUGGAGACCGAUCGAUCGAUACAUGCAUCAUGCUAGUAUUACGUCAUUAUGCUGUGACAUUGGUUGGCACUUGGCAGCUUGGCGCCGUGCCAAGUGUAUGGUUCCAACUUCCAAGCACGUUUCUCUUUCAUCGUCAUUUGUGUUGCAUUCUUGAAUAAACUAGCAUGGUGCCCCCACAUGUUCGCACGGACAUACCGUAGCUCUAUUAUAUUUUGUAUUCUCUUGUUCUUUCUAUAGAAGUUGGUUUUUUCACUAA